AGCCGCCGUUGUUCUUCUCUCCGAAGCCCAGUCUUCCGCCCGCACCGCCGGCGGGCGUGGCUGUCUCUACGAUGUCUGAUGUCAAUCGCAUCAAGAAGGAGCUCAAGGAGUGCAGCAAGGACGCGCUGAUGGAGAAGGAGGUGGUGUGGGCCUCUCUCGUCUCGGAGGCGAACCUGCUCGAGUGGAUUGGAAAGCUCAAGGGGCCGGUUGGGACGCCGUACGAGGGCGGGGUCUUCAUCGUGGACAUCAGCUUGCCUAGCGACUACCCCUUCGUGCCGCCAAAGAUGAAGUUUCGCACCAGGGUAUGGCACCCCAAUGUCUCCUCGCAGAGCGGCGCCAUCUGCCUCGACAUACUCAAGAACGAGUGGUCGCCCGCGCUCACCAUACGGACGGCUCUCAUCUCGCUGCAAGCGCUGCUGUCGGCGCCGGAGCCUGACGACCCGCAGGACGCCGAGGUAGCGAAGCAGUACAAGGACCAGCAGCAGGCGUUCCAGCAGAAGGCAAAGUUCUGGACCGAGACGUACGCUGUCGAGAGCAAAUGUGAAGCCGACACCAUCGCGGAGAUGGUCGAGAUGGGCUUCCCGGAGGAGCAGUGCAGAAACGCCCUCAAGGCGGCGGCGGGGAACAAAGAGGCAGCCGUGGCCGCUCUUAUCGGGGACAUCUGAGCCGUGUGGCGUCGAUCGAGGGCCGGCGCAGGCAGGCGGUCUCGCUGGCGCGAGGGCGGCGCCGGCUGCAGCGGUGCCCCACGCGCGGCGGCUAAUAACUCUAGAGUAGAAUGGCGGGCUUCCGGCGGAUCGGGAGACACGCGCGGACGGGAUCGAGGAUGGCUCGGAGAGUACUGUGUGUAUGCGAGUAUGCCCCGGGGCGGAGACGGAUCGAGAGGGCGGGAAGGCGGUGUUCGCAGCGCAACCCCCGCGGCUCUCUUGAGCCUCUGUCCGACAUGAAAC